AUGGGAUACUUCGAAACGUACAAAUUGUUGCUAUCAAUUUAUGUUUUGACAAUCUCUUGUUCAUCUUUAAGUGUAAAAGAGAAACCGUAUUCCUCAGUAUUUAAACCUGAACAAGUUAUAUUUUCAUCUGCUAAUAACAUAACUAAGCUUUUAGUGCCCUCUGAUGGUACGUCAUAUUUCCUACAAGACAUUUCAGAUUUACCAUCAAUAUUUUUUACGAUAAGUGAUCCCAAAUUGAAUGGAGGAAGUUGUAUUUAUGUUUUGGAAGAUUUGGCUGCAUACGAGAUACUCGAAGGUGGAAGAGAUUCUACUUCUGAUUAUAGUUCUGAUAAAUCAGUAUAUUUUGGUGCUAAAGAUGGCGUUUACAAAUAUGACGCCGAGAGUUUGUCUGCAAAGAGAUUCGGUCCAUUUCGUGAUGAUAUAAUUCAAAUCCAAAAAGCAAAUGGUAGUGACACGAUAUAUUACUUAACGUCAAGCAAAAAACUUUUUAAAUUAGAAAAUAAUGGAACAGUCAGGACUAGAAUUACAGCGGUUACUUGCGCUCAAGAAUUCGUUUUAGACACUGCUAAUAAUAUAUAUUUCACUUCUUGCGAUGACGGUUUACCACGAAUAGUCAAAUCUGAUGGUAACCUAGUAACUUACACUGCAAGUGUGACAGAUGACAUCAAAGAAGUUCAUAUCUUACGACCAGCUUUUAUCAUGGAGGGAUGUGUACCAUUCUUUGGAGACGGAAAUCUGUAUAUGUUGUAUGUAAAUGGUACGAGUGAGAAAAAAGACUUUCAUAUAAAAGAUAGACCAUCUGCAUAUAGUAUUGAUGCAGCAUUGUAUAUAGUUUCAGCGCUGAAUGGUAAAAUUUAUGAAUUUAAUGUUAUGGAAGUUAUGUUAAAGUCAUUGUUUGGUUUCGCAUCACAUUUAUCGACCGAUCUUAGUAAAAUAGUUAUGUCUAUUAUAGAAACAGCAAAAGACAGUAUAUACAAAGAUUGGCACCCGGUUCUUGAAAAUUAAAAUUAUUUGAAUAGAAAUUAUCUUUAGUAUUGUAAGAUUAUUAACAGCUUUAACAAAAAUGACAUAAUAAUGUAUUGUAUGUAUUUAAGUUUUAUUCUACUCUGUAAUUGUUAUUGUUUUAUAACUUCUUAAAUAUGAU